GGUUGAUUGACACACAUUGCUGGGAGACGGACGGGACACAUCACAGCUCUGUACAGUGCGUGUCUGUCAUGAAACCAUCCGUCCAUCCAUCCAUCCAUCCACUCAGUCAGUCAGUCAGUCAGUCAGUCGGCCAACCAGCUCACAUACGCACGCAAUCGAUUCAUGCAGUCGGUGGAUCAGCAGCUAUCCAGCUAUGGGACUAGAUUGGUGGACCUUGGCCACCGUCGUGUCCUUCCUCCACCUGAUCGACAAACAAAAGGGGACAAACGGAAAUGAUCAAAUGACACGGCACAACCGUGACCCUGCCCCCAUUCAGUCACCCGCCGGCAGAUGAUCAGCACCCGUGUGGAUGCAUCAGAAGGAUAGGUCGUCUUCGCCCUCCUCAUCGUCUUCGAAGUCGUCGUCGUCGUCACCAUCGUCCUCCAAACCGUCGGCAUCGCGCUCAUACGCCUUCAACCUGACACACAUACACGCACACACACACAUACACGCAAAGGGGCGGGCUGUGCUGCAUGUGGGCAUGCAUGUGGGCAGAUGAGGUGGGUGUGUUGUGUGGGUGUUACUUUCGUUUGGCCUCCUGUUUGUCAUUCUUCUGGAAUAGCUUCUGGUAGUCGACUCGCGGCUUCCGCCCGGCAGCACCACCGCCACGGCCGCCGCCACGCUUGCCCCCACGACCCCUACCGCCACGACCAGCCUUACCUGACGCACACACACGUACACAUACGCACAGAGGCAUCCAUCCCAACAUAUAUCAGCACGUAUGGACAAGCAUUGUGUGUGCGGGGGCUGACUGAAUUUGUCAUAGAACUGGAAUGCGUAUGCGGCCUGGCCCAUGGGGUCGGCCCGCGGCAGCUCCUGCUCCACGUAGUCCAUCUCAUCCACACCGACCUCACCAUCAUGCCCACCAUGCUCGUCAUGGUCAUCUCCCUCCAUCUUGACAACACCACCAGCAGCAGCGGGUGCCGCUCGACCACCCCUCCCUCUACCCCCACCCCCACCCCUUCCCCUGCCGCCACGGCCCCGUUUGGCCGGCGCGAUCGACUUGCGGCGGUAGUCUUGCCGCCCGACGCUCAGCCGCACCUCGAACGAGCCGAACGAGUUGAUGGAACUGCGACGCGGACGGGGCCGGCACGGCGGGGAGGGGGAAUGGGCAGGGGAGGAGCCACCCGCCGAUGACUCCUUCACCCGACCGCCCUCCUGCCUCCCCUUCUUGCCCGAUCGGCUGAGGCGCAGGUGGCGGCCUUCAGGGUCGGGUGGUGGCCGCACCGAUGGACCAGCACGCUCACUGUCGUCGGCCUGGGUGGCGUCCACCAGAGGGUCUUCCUCCAUGGGCUGCGGGUCGUGUGAGGGUUGCGGGAGGUCGACGGGCUUCGGUCUCUGCCGGACGUCCUUGAACGGGUCGUGGAGGCCCUUCUGCGGCCGCCGCUCUGCCAAAUGCUGCAGUUGCUGCACACACAGGCAUGAUAUUGAGGACAUGGAGGGUGGGAGGUUGCUGUGUCCACAUUUCGUCCCGUGUGUCUGAUGCAUGCAUACCAUUCUGGCUUUCUGGGGUCCUUUCGCCUUCUCAAAGUCCUUCUUGGGUGCCCCAUCGCCAUCUGACGUUACGCAGCACAGAGAGGGAGGGAACACACACGAAGGGAUGACCCAUCCAUCCAUCCAUCCGUCUAUCCAUCGAUGGAAGGGAUGGGUGGCUGUCACUGCUGGAGGUUCUGUUCUCUCCUAUGACCGUUCUUCUUUUUCUUCUUCUCGGGGGGCGCCUUCUCGGCUCGCUCAGUCCUGACACACAGGCAUAGAUGAGAUGAGGGGUGUAAUGCUAUCCGACUUGUUCCCUUUAUGUGUGUCAGUUGGUCAUCUCACCACAUGUCAUAGUAUUGGGAGCACUCUGCGGCGGUGCGGCCGGUCCCGAGCUCGCGAGCAACACACUCCCAGCAGCUGCACACAAACACCCACCCAGAAUGGAUGAGCAAUGCACCAACCGUCACAAUUAUCAGGCGCUUCUUCAGUGUGGCUGGCUGGCUUACUCGGGGUCCCUGAAGUCUACUUUGCCAAUCGUCAAGAUGCGCUCCAACUUGUCCAUCUCAGCACCGGUCCACUCCUCACCAACACGACCCUUGCUAACACCACCACUUCCUGCACCGGCAGCUGCAGCCUUCCCCCCGCCGGCGGCCUUGGCCUUGGCGCGGCCACCUGCAGCCCUAGACGCCCCCCGACGGACCACAGCAGACGGCUGGCCUCUGUCUGCUCGCUGCCUGUCGUCCUUGGCUCCUGCGCGGCCGCGUCCUGUCCUCACGGACGGCUCCGGCUGCUCGGAUGGGUCAAUGGCCGAUGGCUGGGAUGACUGCAGGCUCUCGUCGGUGUCCAGGACGUCAGAAGAGCUCUCACUCACCUGCUUCUUUUUUGCCGCCGCCUUGGCCUUGGGCUUGGCCGCAGUGGCAUUGCGCUUGCGCUGCCUGGGGCCGCUCGGCACCUCAUCUUGGUCCUCCUGCGAGCAUGAGGGCGGGGCCGCCUUGGGAGCAACGAGUGGCCGCUUGGGUUUGCGGGGCCGGCGCAUCUUGAUGUCACGACCGUCGUCCCUGCCCGAAUGGGACACCCUCACGCGGCCCUUCACCUCUCCCCCGCCCUUGCCCCCCUCCUGCUUGUGCUGCUGCUGCUCCUCUUGCAGCUGCAGCUGUUUCUUGAGUGCCCGGGCCUCAUCUCUGUCCUUCUCAGGCUGGAACUUGCGCAGCAGCUUCUUGAUGGGCGGGCCGGUCGUCUCGUCAUCGUCCUGUGGUUGCUGGGCCGGUGGCACGUGUGGCGUCUGCACUUGGACGAGGGGAAGGUCGGCGCUGGGUGACAUCUGGAUGGGGGCGGGAGAAGCAGGGGGAGCGGCAGGGGGAGGGGGAGGGGGAUGACCACGGUAGUCACAGGCAGGGCUGCGUGACUCGUCGCUCAUGACGAUGCGAUUGGCCUUGCGGCGCACAGGGAUGCGAUCGGAGUCGUUCUCCGAUGAGCCCGAUCCGGCCUUGGCAUAGUUGACUCGACUGUGCCGCCGUGCUGCAGAUGAUGGCUUGCCGUUCUUGUAGUCACCGCAGUUGGCUAUCUCCUGCAGAAUCCGCGACAGCUUCUUCUUGGGCUUGAGGUUUGGGUUGGCAGGGGGAGGGGAAGGGGCAGGGGGGUGGUCUGAUUGGCGGACGUCUGUGGCGCCUGCUGCGUCAGCAUGGGCACCAGAGGCACCGAUGUGCGCAGCGACAGACUGGCUAUGAGGGGCGAUGGGCUGGCCGGCAUUGACGAGAUGAGCUCCUGGCUUCCUCCCGUCCUCUGCUGCUGGUGGUGGCGCUGCUACUGGGCCAUCACCGGCUGCAGAUCGGUGCAUCUGUGGUCUGGCAUCGCUAUCCACCUGCCGGUCGGCAAGCGGGGCCUUCUCACGCACACUGCCGCCUGUUGCGAACAGACGAACAGACAGACGCACAUCCAUCAUUCCAAUCCAUGCGCAUUUAUUCACCUUGCGCAUGAGUUGACGGGUGAUCUUGCGGCAUUCCAUCGGUCUGCGGCCUUGCACCCUCUUCACCAACACCUUCCUUUGGCCUUUUCUUCAGGGACCUCCCCAAUGCGCUCGGCAACGAAGGCUCGGCAUUCAUCCUCAAACUCACUCAACCAACAUUCAUAGGCAUGCCCUCCCUGAGGGUCAAGGAAGGGAACAUGCCGUCCUCUUCAAAAC